GCAUUCCGCACUCCACGUUUUGUAAAGUAAACACGCGCUUCGAGGCCAUCGAUGCUUACCAUCAUCGAUCGUCAUCAGCGAUCAUCGAUCAUUAUCAUUGAUCAUCGGGGUCAUCGAUGAUUACCGGCCGGUCGAGCGGCGCGCGCGCCCGCGGGACCGCGCUCUUGCUGCUCACUGCGGCUCUACUGGUGCCGACCGGUGACACGCAAACACUGCAAAUAGGUGUGGUGGGCGCGUCGCCGGAGAGCGAGCUGGUGCUGCGCGCGGCGGUGCGCGCGGCGCUGCGCGGGCGCGCCGCCAGUGCCGCUGACGACGCGCCCGCUGAGCCCUGGGAACCACUCGCCGUGCCCGAGCGCGUCUGUGCACAGGCACGCGCGGGCGUGCAGCUGAGCGUGAGUGACGCGGGCGGCUUGGAGGUGGCGGCGCGUGCUGGCCUGACGUUACUGCUAGCUGCUCGUGCCGCGCCGCACUUCGCUUCGAGUGCACUGGAGCUGCUGCCUCGCGCUGAAGAGCUGGCAUAUGCGUGCGCGGCGCUGUGCUCGGCCAAGGGCUGGCAGAGUGCCGUGCUGCUGCACGAGGGCAGUGCCACUGCCGCACCACUGUUGGCGCCAGGCCUGGCGUUGCGCGCACGCCGCCUGCCACCACCGCGCGACGAUGACGCACUGCGCAACCUGCUGCUGGUGUUGAAGCGCUGGGGCGCUGAGCGCUUCGUGGUGUGGUGCGACGCGGCAUGCGCGAUGCGCGUGCUGGAUGCAGCGCAGCGCGUGGGACUGCUGGGCGCGCGCCACUCCUACCUGCUGACCGCACUCGAUCUGCACACGCUUGACCUGCGCUCUUACAGCUAUGGAGGAGCCAACCUCACCGGUCUGCGGCUGUUCGAUCCCGAGUCGGAGUCCGUGCAAAAGGUGACGAAUGCGUGGGCCGAGGAGUAUGGGGCGUUGCUCGAGACCGCCGCGGAUGCGGAACAGAUCGCUCAGAUGGCUGCGAGUCCGCCGACAGCGGUGCUGCUAGCGUACGACGCGGCGCGCAUCGCGGCGCGGGCGUCGGCGCGCCUGGCGCUGCCCACGCUGUCUGCCGGCGACUGCGCGAGCGGCGCCGCCGCCUUCCAUGCUGAUUCGCUGCUCAACUAUAUCCGCUCGGAGGAUUGGAGCGGUGCGACAGGCGCGCUGAGCUGGGCGGCGGGCGGCGCGCGGCACGGCGUCACGCUGCACGUGGCGGAGCUGGCGCGCGGCGGGCGGCUGGCGGCGGUGGCGGCGUGGAGCGCGCGCAGCGGCGUGGUGUGGCGAGCGCGCCCGCGCCCCGCGCCGCCGCCCGAUGACGUCAUGACCAAUCGCACCUUCGUCGUGCUCAUCGCGAGGAACGAUCCUUACGUGAUGAAACAGAUGUCAGUCACCCGGCUCUCCGGCAACGCGCGCUACGAAGGGUUCUGCAUCGAGCUGAUCGACGAGCUGAGCAAAGUGCUGGGCUUCAACUACACGUUCUUGGAGCAGGAGGACGGUGACUACGGCUCACUAGACCCCGAGACCCACGAGUGGUCCGGCAUGUUACGCCGUCUCAUCGAUGACGAGAAUGUGCACUUCGCAAUCACGGAUCUGACGAUCACGGCGGAGCGCGAGUCGGCCGUGGACUUCACGACGCCGUUCAUGAACCUCGGCAUCGGCAUCCUGUUCCGCAAGCCGUCCAAGCCGGAGCCUGCCAUACUCGCCUUUCUGUUGCCUUUCUCCAACGGGGUGUGGCUGUGCUUGGGGCUGGCAUAUCUGGGCACGUCGCUGGUACUGUUCGUGGUGGGGCGCCUGUGCCCAGAGGAGUGGCAGAACCCCUACCCCUGCGUGGAGGAGCCGCCGGCGCUGGAGAAUCAGUUCACGCUGGCCAACGCGCUGUGGUUCAACCUGGGCGCGGUGCUGCAGCAGGGCUCGGAGGUGGCGCCCGUGGCGUACGGUAGCCGCGCCGUGGCCAGCGUGUGGUGGAUCUUCGCGCUCGUAAUAACCAGCUCGUACACGGCCAACCUGGCCACGCUGCUGUCCACCAAGAUGCCCAACGAGAUCAUCAGUGGCGUGCGCGACCUGGCUGACAACAGCACGGGUAUCAAGUACGGCGCCAAGAAGGGCGGUUCCACUUACAAAUUUUUUGAGCAAUCCAACAUCGAGCUUUACCAGAAAAUGUACCAAGUUAUGAAAGAUCAGAAGAUGCCUGAUAACAACACCGAUGGCUUGAAAAAAGUGCUGGAAGGCAAUUACGCGUACUUCGCGGAGUCCACCACCAUCGAGUAUACCACCGAGCGCAACUGCGACGUCACUAGCGUAGGAGACCCACUAGACAGCAAAGGCUAUGGCAUCGCAAUGAAAAAAAACUCGACGUACCGGCACGCACUGAACCUGGCGCUGCUGGGCCUGCAGGAGCAAGGCAAGCUGCGCGACAUGAAGCGCCGCUGGUGGAAGGAGAUGCACGGCGGCGGCGCGUGCCAGGAGCCGGACGAGCACGACGCGCAGAAGCUGUCCAUGUCCAACUUCUGGGGGCUGUUCCUGGUGCUGGCCGUGGGCUGCGCGCUGGGCGUGCUGCUGGCGCUGCUGGACUUGGCGCGCGUGGCGUGGCGUAACCCGCGCGCCGGUUCCUUCGGCGCUAGUCUGCUGAGCGAGCUGCGCUUUGUGUUCCGCUUCGCGCGGUCUGUCAAGCCAGUGCGCGGGCCACUCACGCCACCACCCGAUUCCUCGGAGCGUUCCGGCCUGACCACGCCACCGGAGGACGGGACGCCACCGGAAGACAGCACACCGCCGGAAGGUGCGCGCUCGCCGGCGGCGUCGAUGCGCUCGCGCCGCGCCAGUGCGCGUCGCCGCAGCUCCAUGCACGCGGCUAGCGUGCGCCUCGCGAGGCACGCCAUCUCUCCCCGCCGACUUUCCUCGCCCGCGGCACCACGCUAAGUUACCUACUGCUGCUCACUAUCCAUGCGCCGCGCCACAGCGUCACGUUGUUCAGGACACACGUGUACCGAACACUGACAACUCCGGCGUCAGCACUUUACACAAUCCUUGAGCUUAUCGUGCUGACGCCUAGCAGUUAAUUUAGAGCAGUGCACCACGGGUUGCCACGCGAUUAGCACUCAUCAAUAUUACUAUCAUAUAUCUUAACAUAUAAGUAUCAUUAUCAAUCAAUAUCAAUCACCUAUUAAUCAAUCAUCAUUUUUAUUAUCAUCAAAAACUCCGCAUUUUUUGAUCCCACACUUUGUAGUUUAUUUUUAUGCUCACCCGACUUCACAUAUACACGUACGUAAAAAUUGCUUUUACGUGUAAAAGCAAUUUUUUAAGGAUUUUGGAUCUCGAUUUAUGUAAAUAAUUUCUAUUUUAGCUUCUAGUCUUGUAUUUUCUGUGUCCCUUACUAUAGUUAAGUGCAAGUAAAGACCUGAAAUUCGAUGAUUAAGUCAGUGCUUGUUACUAAAAGUGUCCCUUAACCAGCAUUUGGACAUAUUAUGCAAGUAGGCCUAAAUGUAGAUUUUCAUGUCUUUGAUAAUAUAGAGACUUUGUAUAAUAUAGAGAAGUUUAUCUUUUAGGGAUAUAGGGCCUAUGUCUGCUUAAAUGUACCUAGGUACUUACUAUUUUUAAAAAAAUGUUUUU